AUUUCUAAUCGACCCUAACUUUGUACCAUUAACGAUUAAAUUAAUUUCAUUCGCAUUGCGUAUAUUUUAAUUAACGAUAAGACGUAAGUACGCAGGAUCGACGAUCGAAGAGAGAUUCGCGAUAUUCUCGAUCAUUUUAAUUUUUAUAUAAUAUCUUUCAUUUGAUCCCGUCGAACGUUUCUUCGUCGACGCUCGAGAAUCACGAGCUUAAUCAUUUUAAUAAAAGCUUUUCAUUUUUCUACUCGUGGAACGGAUUUAUCGAUCGAUCUAUGAUAUAUCGAUCAUCAACGUGGAUCGAUCCUGCGAUGGACGCCGAUUGGCGCCUCAAUGAAUUAUAAAUUAUUUCAUCGAGAAUUAUAAUAAAAAAAUUUUAUCCGAUAAACGCUUAUCUUUGUACUUUGAAAGACGUUCAAAUGAUAAAUGAUUCAUCGAAGACGAUCGAUUAUUCCUUUCUUUUUUUUCUCUCUUUCUCUAUGAUAUAUUUCAAAUGUAAAUUCUCCUUUGACUUCGACGAAAUUUUCUAUUAUAUAUAUAUAUAUAUAUAAUUUUAUUAAUACGGAUACGCAAGUUCUACGUCACAAUUUGAUAUAUGUAUAUCGAAAAAUAUAAAUAAAUAAAAGAAUAUCCAACGUUAUAUACAUAUACAUGCAUACAUAUAUAUAUAUACAUAUAUAUAGAAAAAAGGAAUAAACAAAUUGCUAAUAACCAAUUUAAUUGCUAAUGCAAUUUAAUCCUAUGUAUACUUUUCUUUAUGACGAACCAGUAUAUAUUUGUAAUGUGGAAGUACAUAACGUACGAUUACAAAAUUUAAUAACAAAAAGAAAAUAUGAAAGAGGAUAGAUAAGAACCAGUAGAAAUACAUGUACAAUUCCUAUUCUUUAAAAUCCGACAUUGUCAUAGACGAAUAACAUAAUAAUCGCUUUGUAAAACGUCGGUGUAGAUUAUGAAGAGACUUGCUUAUUCGUAUCGAUUGCAAACUGAGCGUUCGAGAUAAACGUAACAACGUGAAUUCAUUGAACGAUAUUGUACCAGCACGCGUAAAUACAAAAUCGCGAAUUUGAAAUUCAUAUUUCGAAUUAAACCAAACGAAAAUAAUACGCAUCGAAAUUUUCUUUAUGCGUUGAUAAAAAAGAAAGAAAAAAAAAAAAAGAAAAGAAAAAAAAAAAGGAAAAGAAUGAACGAAUUCAUAUUGCAGAAAUUCGCGUCGUCAUUUUUAAUUCUAUUAGCUCAUGUACCUUCCACAAGCGAAAACUAAAUAAAUGAAAAAAAAAAAAAAACAUGCAGAUAAUAAAAUAAAAAAAAAAAAGAAGACGAGUAAAACGUGAAAAGGGAGUAUUACUGGUAUUGCAUGGAAUUACUUUGUUCUCUCGAUACCGUGCAUUAACAGUAACGUAGUAGCAUCCGUAGUAUCUCCGAGCACACCGAAUUACACAAAUCCGUGCUGCCAUCGUAUUAAUUAACAUACAGUCAGUGCCAGGAAACACACUGACAUUGAGUGCAUUAGCUCUCUCAUUCUCUCACUCUCACUCUCACUCUCUCUCUCUCUCUCUCUCUCCCUCUCUCUCUCGCUUUCGAAAUAAUUACACGAAUAUCGAUCGUCGCAAAACAUCGGUUGGACGAUUUAUUCGUUUUGCAGUUUUAUAAAAUGCAUUACAGUAUCGAUUAUUAUUUAUUAUCUAUUAUGUAUUAUUUCAUUAUGAGAGAUAGUAAAACUCAUUCGCAAUGUUCUUAUUACUCGUAUCAUUAUUACAUGUAUGUAUGUAUAUAUACAUAUACGUGUGUGUGUGUGUGUGUGUGUGUAUGUGUAUGUAUGUAGAGAGUGUACGUAUAUUUUUUAUUAAAAAAGAUAGGAAAAUAUCGAACGGCUAUAAUGAAUGAAUAAAGAUAGAAAAGAGAAAUAAUUGGACUUUGAAUUGUGCCGUAAUAGAAUAAAAAUGAAAGCACGCGAAUGAGAAUCUUCGAUAAUCGAUACCUUAAUUACUAUUCAUUUCUUUUGCGAAGAACGAAUCUGUCCGAUCUUUGUAUAUCUUCGUAUCGUGCCAACACUAACGCCAUCAUGAAUAACACCACCAUCACUAAAUACAGCGCGAUAAUUACAAUUUGUACAGCUAAACGAAAUAUACUAAGGUACGACUUCGCGUUGAUAAUUAUCGUAUGUAUGUAUGUAUGUAUGUAUGUAUGUAUGUAUGUAUGUAUGUAUGUAGGUGUAUUUAAUGUACGUAUUUAUUAACGAAUCGAAAUAAAAAAAAAAGAAGAAAAGAGAAGACGAACAUCGUGCAAUAUAAGCAACUUUUGUAUCUUUACGUAUAAGUUGUGUAAUUUAUAAAAAGAAAAGAAAAGAAGAAGAAGAAGAAGAGAAAGGAAAAGAAGCGUAUUAUCUGUUAAGAAUGCGACGUUAGAUGAAAAAUAAAAAUUGUAGUUGCGAUAGUACGAAUUUAUGAACGAUUACAAUGUUAACGAUUAAUAAAUAAUUACGCGACUACGAUUUAACAAGAAAUAAUAAAUAAUUACGAUAAAUAAAUAUAUAAUCGUAAGUUACAUUUAUUAACGUUAUUAAUAUAAAUUUUUCAUACAGCGUAAAUGCGACAAGUUCGUGAAUAAAUAAUAUACUAAUGGAAUAACGUAAGCUAGAUCCUAUCGUGCUAAUGGUCGAUUGCGUACUAACGCCUUUGUUUGUAUAUUACCUACCCUGUUCAUAACGAAUUACGAGUAUUUAUUGCGUAUAAUGGUUUCAAGGUGGUAGGUAUACGCGAGGUAUACAAUAAUAAAAACAAUAUCUGUUUCGUGAGAGUAUUUGGAAAUAUUACGUAUUAGUAACAAACUGGACGGCAUUCCUAACACACGACACAUCAAAUGGCAGAUCCUGCAAAUUGGAGAGGUGAGAAUUUUUGUAUGUACGUAUGCUUAAACAAAAGUACGUACUUUACGUACAUAUGUAUGUAUAAAGCAAACUUUUAAACGAAAUAUCUAAUCGUAAUCUUCUUUCUAUACGAUAAAAAUAUUGUUAAAAAAUAAAAUGAUCAUGUAAAAAUACUGAA